AUGCUCUUCAAAGAAAUCUCCGCUAUCCUGAUCGCAGGCCUUUCUGUCGCUUCCGCUGCGUUUACUAACCAGACAACCACUGAGGUUUUAAACAACAAUGGGCUUACUACAACUCUAGCCCCAGACUAUUCUGUUAUGCCAAAAUUGACUACUAGCACAUACAGUGAUGCCACUACAACUUAUUUGGUUACCGCUACUGUUUACUAUACAGUAUGGCAAACCAAACCUACAACUGCAACGGGGGGAACCACCACUCCUGCAAUUGUCAACAAGGAGGAGGAAAAAGCCGUUGUCAGUGCUACCACCACUUUUAACGCACCAUCUUCAAUUGCCUCCAUUCAAUCCAAGGUCAGCACACUCUCCUCUGAGAGAAAAUCUGCCUUGAUCGAGGACAAAAGCACUUCCACGAUUACUACCACCUUGUACACUACUAUAACUCAAAAGAGCGCACAAACUGCUAACGGUUGUGCUCCAGUUACUAAAUUUGUUACCGUUAGUGCUGCGCAGACUGAGACUGUAACUGUAAACGCUGACCCAGUCACUGCUUACGUCACUGUCACAGCUUCUCCAUCGAACGCACUUUGGUCCAACACUACCUCAAAGAAUUAA